UGUGGCUGAACAAUGGAUCAGAAAGAGCUAAUUCAAUCUGCUGUCUGUAUUGCUGGCUGAUCUCAGUUCCUGCAACAAUAUGGAUACCAUUAUUGCCCUCAAUCUUCUACGUAGGGUAGGAAACAUCAGUCACACCUGAGUGUUAUCUCCUAACUUAAGUUCUAAUGUGCACAUACAGAUGUCAGGCGAGGACAGAGUCAAGCUUGGCUAUGAUGCCUUCAUUGUCAAGUUCCGAUUUCCAUCAGCUCAGAAUUACAGGAAGUUUCUUGUAAUGGAAAACUACCAGAAGACAAAAAUCACAGAACUCCCUUGUCAGCAGCCAAUUGCCAAUCUUCCAAAAGAUAUCAUUGAAAUGAAGGUGAAGGAAGGUAGCAAAAUAAGAAAUCUCAUGGGAUAUGCCAUUGGAAAGAUGGAAUCAGCCAGUACCAGAGAGAUCCUUUUCACUGGCACAGGGAAAGCAGUCAGCAAAGCAAUCACCUGUGUGGAAAUCAUGAAGAGAAGAUUAAAAGGCCUCCAUCAAAUUACCAAACUAUUUUAUAAACAGGUUGAAGAACUCUGGGAACCUAUUGUUUCAGAGGCAGGAUUAGAUAGUUUAACUGUAAAAAGAAACCUUCCUGCCAUUUACGUUCUCUUGUCUAAAGACGUUCUGCAUACAAAUGAGCCAGGCUACCAGGCUCCUGGGUCCUUUGAUGCUUUGUGGAUACAUUCUUUAAAAGAGGAGGCACUGACUCAAAGGAAAAAAAGACAAGGAGGCGAUGGGAUGGGUAAAGGGGGUAAACAUCCUGGAUCUGGAAGAGGAGAAAGGCCCAAGAAAUCCAGAAGCUGAGUGGGUGGUGGAAAAUGCUGUAAUUUUAUUUUCAAAUUAAAAUCUCAUCAAGUAGCUUCA